AUGGGUUCAAAAUACACCCCAAACCGUCGUUUGUUUUUUGGUAGUAUACCAAUGAACAAAACCCGCGACGAUAUUUGGAAGGCACUUUUGCGGGAAGGGGUGCAGAAUAUUGUCGACGUUAUCUCCUAUAAGUCCUAUUCCGAUAGGCAUGUGAAUCGUGGUUACGUUUUCGUGGAAUUUACCAGUGAUCAAGAAGCCGAAAGGGCCCACGCUAAACACAGAAAUAAUUUGAAAUUGUUCGGUAAAAAAGUAAUUAUCGAUUGGUCGAACCCUAUGAUCGAACCAGAAGCCAGUGAGAUGAAAUCGGUCAAAAAAUUGUUUGUAAGGAACCUCCCUGUUACCAUGACCAGGCAGGAGCUUGUACAAAUCCUGACCGCUGCUUUGCCGACCUCGCAUUCGAUGAUUAAAGUGUACAAAUUUAAGGAUUAUUCGUUCCUUCACUUUGAUAACCGGAAAAAUGCUGAAAAGGCCUUGGAAGUAUUGAAAAGCUACUUCGAAGGUUUAGACUUCUUCAAAGAUGAUAUUCAAGUGACCUGGGCAAAGCCACCUAGCAGGUUUCGAACACGCGGCUCAUUGAAUUCGACCAAAAGCAUUGCCCCGUCCAAUUGUUAUUGUCAUUUACAAUCUUCGGCUGAUUCUCCAUCUCUGUCUUCGCGUUUAUCUACCGAUUUUUCGCAAAAUUAUAGACGUCGAUUUUCAACUUCAUCUGAUAAUUCUUUCCGUUCUGCCAAUUCAUCGUCAUCAUCGGGGGUAGAUUUUUCAUUCGAUAACAAACCUAUUGCUUCUCCGAAUUUGGUCACAAAUUAUUCCAACACCAAACAACAGGUAUCGCUUCGCGAGGAAUAUCCUUUGCUUCAAAAUGAACCUGAAUGGGUUUUGGACUUCCUCUUGAAUACGCUCAAAGUAGCGUUAAAAGACAAAACUUUGCACGAGUUGAUGGACGAAUUGGAUAUUGAUUACUUCGACAAUAUUUCGUCGUAAAUAUCCUAAUAAUAAAUAGUGAUAAUAUAUUUUUUUACUGUACCAGGUACCUAUGUAAUUUGAAACGAGAAGUGUUUUAUGUUGAGAAUAGAAUUUUUA